CCGGGCGCGACAGAGGCAGCGAGCGUGCCUGGAGAACAUGGACAAGGCGGCGCAGCGCUUCCGGCUCCAGAACCCAGACCUGGACUCAGAGGCGCUGCUAGCCCUGCCCCUGCCUCAGCUGGUGCAGAAGUUACACAAUGGAGAGCUCUCCCCUGAGGCCGUGCUUUUCACCUAUGUGGGAAAGGCUUGGGAGGUGAACAAAGGGACCAACUGUGUGACAUCCUAUCUGGCUGACUGUGAGACUCAGCUGUCCCAGGCCCCAAGGCAGGGCCUGCUCUAUGGCGUCCCUGUGAGCCUCAAGGAGUGCUUCACCUACAAGGGCCAGGACUCCACGCUGGGCUUGAGCCUGAACGAAGGGGCGCCGGCGGAGUGCGACAGUGUGGUGGUGCAUGUGCUGAAGCUGCAGGGUGCCGUGCCCUUCGUGCACACCAAUGUGCCCCAGUCCAUGUUCAGCUAUGACUGCAGUAACCCCCUCUUUGGCCAGACCGUGAACCCAUGGAAGUCCUCCAAAAGCCCAGGGGGCUCCUCAGGGGGUGAAGGGGCCCUCAUCGGGUCUGGAGGCUCCCCCCUGGGCUUAGGCACUGAUAUGGGAGGCAGCAUCCGCUUCCCCUCCUCCUUCUGCGGCAUCUGCGGCCUCAAGCCCACGGGGAACCGCCUCAGCAAGAGUGGCCUGAAGGGCUGUGUCUAUGGACAGGAGGCAGUGCGCCCCUCUGUGGGCCCCAUGGCCCGGGACGUGGAGAGCUUGGCGCUGUGCCUGCGAGCCCUGCUGUGCGAGGACAUGUUCCGCUUGGACCCCACUGUGCCUCCCUUGCCCUUCAGGGAAGAGAUCUACACCAGCUCUCAGCCCCUGCGUGUGGGGUACUAUGAGACUGACAACUAUACCAUGCCCACCCCGGCCAUGAAGCGGGCCGUGCUGGAGACCAAACAGAGCCUUGAGGCUGCGGGGCACACGCUGGUUCCCUUCUUGCCAAGCAACAUACCCCAUGCUCUGGAGACCCUGUCAACAGGUGGGCUCUUCAGUGACGGUGGCCACACCUUCCUACAGAACUUCAAAGGUGAUUUCGUGGACUCUUGCCUGGGGGACCUGGUCUCAAUUCUGAAGCUUCCCCAGUGGCUUAAAGGACUGCUGGCCUUCCUGGUGAAGCCUCUGCUCCCAAGGCUGUCAGCUUUCCUCAGCAACAUGAAGUCUCGGUCGGCUGGAAAACUCUGGGAACUGCAGCAUGAGAUUGAGGUGUACCGCAAAACUGUGAUUGCCCAGUGGAGGGCGCUGGACCUGGAUGUGCUGCUGACCCCUAUGCUGGGCCCUGCUCUGGACUUGAAUGCCCCAGGCAAGGCCACAGGGGUGGUGCCUGUCACCACGGUGACUGCUGAGGACGAGGCCCAGAUGGAACAUUACAGGGGCUACUUUGGGGAUAUCUGGGACAAGGUGCUGCAGAAGGGCAUGAAGAAGAGUGUGGGGCUGCCCGUGGCCGUGCAGUGCGUGGCUCUGCCCUGGCAGGAGGAGUUGUGUCUGCGGUUCAUGCGGGAGGUGGAGCGACUGAUGACCCCUGAAAAGCAGUCAUCCUGAUGACUCUGGCUCUGGAGGACUUGAGACUCACACUCUUUGCAGCCCAGCCUAGUCAGGGCACAGCUGCCCUGCUGCCACAGCAAGGAAAUGUCCUGCAUGGGGCAGAGGCUUCUGUGUCCUCUCCCCCAACCCCCUGCAAGAAGCGCCGACUCCCUGAGUCUGGACCUCCGUCCCUGCUCUGGUUUCCUCUCUUCGUCCUGAUCCCUCCACCCCCAUGUGGCAGCCCGUGGGUAUGACAUGGGCCAGGGCCCAACUAACAGUCAAGAAACAGCU